AUGGCGGUCGCCGUCGGCGAAAUGUUUAUUUGCUCAAAAUUGGGGCAAUAUCUUUCGGAGAUGGAAAUUAGGACAUUUGUAAGGACACAGAAAGAAUACUUUCGGCAACAGUUACGACUAAACAAGGCCACUUUUGUAGUGAUUCGUAAUAUCCUGGGUCCGAGAUUACAAAGGCAAAAUUCGAAAUUCAGAGAUUGUUUACCGCCCGAGAAAGUUCUUGCUUUGGGACUGUAUCGCUUCGCUCACGGAAAUUCGUAUUUGACCACUGCACCAGUGUUUAAUGUGGGAAAAUCGACUGUAAUUGAGGCAGUGCAAGAUGUCGUAAAUGGUCUCUACGAAGUGCGCAACGAACACAUCAAAUGUCCGGAGACAAUUGCUGAAGUAAAUGCAGCUAUGCAGACAUGUACAAAUCUCACAAAUCUGCCCAAUGUUGUGGGUGCUAUAGAUGGGUCACAUGUGCGAAUAAAGGCGCCAGUGAACAGUGCUGUGGAUUACUCUAGUAGAUAUCAACAGCAUGAUUUCAUUAUCCAGGCUGUUGUUGAUAGCUAA